AUGAACCAAGAAAACAAUAUCACUCCUGAAGGCUCAGCUUCCAAGAUCUUCCAAUCCUUCGCAUCCUCUACUACUGUGGGGUAUACCAUGCCGACUCCUUUCGUGCAGACCGUAAAUACGGCGGCAUCCUGGUUCCGACCCUCGUCGAUCAACGCAGUUACGUGGAUAAAAGCCUUCCACAAAUCUACGGAAGACCACGAUCGCGAGGCCUUGACCAUCGAAGGCGGACAAUAUGUGCGUCUCAACUCGGUCGCCACCGACGAACACAGCAUUGAACCUCUGAUUCACUAUCACAUUCACAACUUUUACCAGGAAGAAGAUAGCGAUCCUGCACCUGCGCUUCCUGAAGCACUCAGCCAUGACAACUUGAGUGAUACCACUCAAGAGAAGGCCCAUGCUGUGGCACCUGAAGAAUCUGAUUCUGACGGUGGUUCAGAAGCCGGCACGGACAAUGACAUGGAAACCGACGACGAAUAUGAACGAUAUUGCUUUGACUACCGAAACAUUUUAAAAACUGAACAUAAUGACCCAUUAACGCUUAAUCGCUUGUGA